UGAAGCUGUUCAUUUAUUAACAAGUUACCACAUACGCUGCUCAAUUUGAAAAGUUUUGGCUGAUGAUAACUCAAAAAAGUAUCCACUCGGCAUACGCAAUAAACAUCGCUUUCUAAUAACUCCUAAAAAAAAAAAAGCAAAUCAGCACAAAGAACUACAACAACAUCGUCCAUUCUCUCCGCGUCUGUGCGUCAAGCGGUUACAGGAAGAUCUCUUGAUGUGUGAAAAGCUUUUGUUCUCUAAAGAGCAGACUCGGUUAUGACCCCUCAUGCCAUUAGAUCAUAAAGCAUCAAGAACCGAAGCAUGUUGUGCUCAGUUAGCAGCUUAUUGGAUUCCAGCUCGCAAACAUAAAUCAAAUAUCACCGAAGCUCAUAAGGGUUGAAAGGCCUUUGCUACCGUGAGUUAUAUUUUGCUCUUUACUCAGCAACACACAGACGGAUAUAGGCAUCGCACACGCACCAGAUAUCAGAUGACGCUGUUGUUUUAUAUAAGUCGCGCUAUAACGGCAUGGUAUACGAUCUAAUCCCAGUUCGAGUUUUGCCGUGUUCCUCAGAGGGCUGUCGCUCAGGUGCCGCUGAUUCAUUCUCCCCGAGCGCUGACGUCCUGCGGCAUGCCUGACCCCUCGCCCUCAUAACUCCCGCUUCGUUCCGGGGGACGCGACCCCACGACCCGCUCCUUCUCCAGAAUCCGCCUGCCCUCUCCGAAUUCCUGAAACAUGAGCCCCGGCCCAGUGAGCUCAUCGGCAGGCGUGGACUCGCAAAAUAACUGCGAAAAAGAAAAGCGAGAGUGCGAGAGAUGGAACGCAGAAACAAAAGACAGGUUGGACAACGCCGGCGACGGCUCCCGAAGGGGUUAAGUUACACGCAGCCGAAAGCGUAAAGGAAACAAAGGUGCGCUUCUGAGCCUCAUUCUCAGGACCGACGCCGCACGCCUCAGCGGGAGCCGCUUCUUUUGAGCUCCGUUCUCUCUUGUCGGAGUCGGUAUCUAAAACACACGUAAUUCCAGAAGGCUCCCGCUGCCCUUCUGACCCCGCCGCGACCGAGAGACUCCGGUGUGAAAGUCUCUGGACCCAAAUGUCACAUCUUCCGGAAAGCCCUCGGGCUGAGGCCCAUCAGCACUUGACAGCAGGCUGGGAGGUGGACGGUGUGGCUCAGUGCUUUAGCACUCUCUCAGUCACACCCUGCUUGGGCCGAGAGAGCAGUUCUGCAAUGAUCUGAUUCCUCAGCAUGGAUGGCUUGAGUGAGAGAACCCAUGCACUCUAAUGAGACCACCUCUCCAGACAAGGACUAGAAAUUAUCAAGGGAUUACUCCUCAAAUUCCUGGUUUAUCUGCGAACUGCGCAUUAGAGUAAUCUUUUAGAGGACUUAAUUUUGCUGGAUUUGUUACGUUUCCUUUUUACUCCCUCCAACCACUGAUUUUGUCUUGCCAUUUCCUCACCCUCCCUUUAUUUUUUUCACUAUGGAGUUUCAAGCCGGAUUUUGGAAUAACGAUUGGACUUCAUUUCUUCGCUUUUGGUUGACAGUGUUGUUGAGCUUGCAUGUGCAGUUCAGCCCUGUCUCCUCCUGUCCCAAGGAGUGCCGCUGCGAUAGAACAUUUGUUUACUGUAACGAGAGAAGCCUGACGUCUGUGCCUCUGGGGGUGCAAGAGGGAUACAAGACCCUCUUCCUCCACAACAAUCAGAUCAACAAUGCCGGCUUUCCAUUGGAGCUACACAAUGUUGCCUCUGUAGAAACUGUUUACCUGUAUGGAAAUCAGCUGGAUGAAUUUCCCCUCAACCUUCCCAGGAACGUUCGAGUGCUGCACCUCCAGGAAAACAACAUCCAGACUAUCUCCAGGGCAGCACUUGCCCAACUAUCCAUGCUGGAGGAACUCCAUCUGGACGACAACUCCAUCUCGACCGUAGGGGUAGAGGAGGGGGCUUUCAGGGAGGCUGUCAGCCUCAAGCUUCUUUUCCUCACCAAAAACCACCUGAGCAGCAUUCCUAUCGGAUUACCGGCAGAUAUCAAGGAGCUGCGUUUGGACGAGAAUCGCAUUGCCGACAUUGACGAGGAUGCCUUUCAGAAUGUCACCACCCUCCAGCGACUUUUGCUGGAUGGGAAUUUGCUUGAGGAUGAGGGCAUAGCUCCUGGAACCUUCCAGGACCUGGUCAACCUAAGAGAACUGAGCCUGGCUCGAAACUCCCUCACAGCUCCACCACCGUUGCUCCCUAGCGUAUCCCUGACCAAGCUCAACCUGCAGGAAAACCAGAUGGACACCAUUGAAGUGACAGCCUUCGCUGGGCUUUCUAAACUGGAAAAGUUAGACAUCUCUAGCAACCAGCUUCAGUUUCUUCCACCAGGUGUCUUUGAUGGUUUGAGAAACCUGAGGCACCUUAAUGCAAGGAACAACCUCUGGAGGUGUGAUUGCAACAUUAAAUGGGUCAUUGCAUGGCUCAGGUCUCUGCCUUCUGCGAUAAACGUCCGCGGGUUCACAUGCCAGAGUCCCGAAAGGGUGCGUGGCAUGGUAAUUCGUGAACUCACUCUAGAUGCCAUCGACUGCCCAGCGGGCACCGUCCUGCAUCCUUGGCCAACUCAUUCAUAUCCAUCUACAUUGCCACCCCGCAGAACCACAGUCAUCACCAAGACCACCUCCAGAACCACCCGCUUCACCACCAUUUCACCCACUGCUUUUUACCCUGUCUCGGCCAAUCCCACACCCCCAUUCCCGCAGUUCCCUCCCGGCCCCCUGCCUCCCUAUGAAGACCCCUUAAAAAUCUCCUUUCAUGUAGUGAACUCUACCUGCAUUGAUGUGAGCUGGGAGUCUUACUUCACUGUGACGGCUUACAAGGUGACUUGGGUCAAAAUGGGGCAGAGUUUGAUGAGUGAUAUGACUCGAGAAAAAACAGUGCCGGGAUAUCAACGAAGGCUUAGCCUGUCAAAUUUAGAACCCAGGUCUAUCUACCGUAUCUGCGUGUAUGUUCUGGAUACUCUCAACACGUACAGACCGGGCGAGGAUACUAUCUGUUCUGAGGCUAAGACCAAAUCCACAUCCGCGUACUCUGAAUCUGAGCAGGCUGCCCAGCAAGACAACACCUCCACGCUCCUAUUGGCUGGAGUCAUAGGUGGGGCCGUGUUGGUGGUCUUAGUGACACUUCUAAGCUUGUUUUGCUGGCACAUGCACAAGAAAAGGUCGUCAUCGUCCAAAUGGAAAUACAAUCGCGGCAGGAGAAAAGAUGACUACUGCGAGGCCGGCACCAAAAAGGAUAACUCCAUCCUGGAAAUGACUGAAACGAGCUUUCAGAUAGUGUCACUAAACAAUGAGCAGCUUUUAAAAGGGGACUUCAGAAUUCAGCCCAUCUACACACCUAACGGAGGGAUCGGCCUCAGAGACUGUCACCUCAGUAACAAUAGCAUAGCUUACUGCAAGAGCAGUAAUGUUCCCAGUGUGGACUUCUGCCACACAUGAUGCUUUUUGACAGAUGCUACAACCAUUUGUUCAAAGAAAAUGUAGUUCAAUAUACUGUACAAUACACGUAUACAUAUAUACAUAUAUAUAUAUAUAUAUAUAUAUAUAUAUAUAUAUAUUUCCAGGUGCAGUCAACAUGGUAAUUUAUACUGUGGACAAGUAUGUGGAAUUCUGCUAUAUUUUCUAUUCUUAGUAAAUAUGAAAUGGUUUUGUAAUACGUGUGAGGCUCAAAGUGGUUUUGCUCAAGGACGCUGCGGAUGUUUUGUAUAAUCGAAGCACGUUGGCUACCUGCUGCAAGUGGAGUCCACAGGUUUUGCCUCUCUACCACUUUAAAAUCUUGAAAACGUUGCUAACCACACAACCAAAAUAUGCCCUUUGUGCUGAAAUACAGCUACCCCUUCACACAACAGUAGUUAAGAUAACACAGUGGUCAGGAAACCAAAACACCGCUGAUUAAGCUGCAGCAGGAAAAAAAAGGAGCUGAGUUUUUUUUUUUUUUUUUGGAAUUGAAGUGCACUUUCUUAAUGCAGCAGAGAGCAUGAGCAGUCAUUCAGGAAAUGAGCUUUUGUGGAAAUCACAUUUGAAGGGAAAAGGGACCACUCUUCAAAACCCUGCAGUUCUCACAAGGAGAAGCCUCCGUCGCUGAAUGCGGUAGGGAGAAGGGUUCCUGUGCAAGAGGUUUUUCAGGACAUAUUUGUGUAUAAUUUUGCCCACCAGGGGGCAGCUUGUCUCAGUGCAUACUGCUCAAACAGACCACAGACACUCUAGCAUGUUAAAAUCCUGGCUUGUCUGGAAAAGCUUUUGUGUCUGAGCCUUAUUUUCAAGUAAUUAGCAGCCCAAACAUUAAAUGAGCUAAUAUAAUAACUGAACCCCUGUGGUAAACUUAAUAUCUUGAGGGAGCUCUGUAAUCUCCUUCGUGUUUCUUUAAUUAUGAUUUGUAAAACGUAAGAAAAUUAUGAAAAAUGUCAACUUUAAAUCUGUAUUUGCCUUUUAUGUACUUUCUUUCUAAAACAUGUUCUCUGAUUUACAAAUUAGGCCAGGGUAAUACACAGAGCUCCACCUUUCUAUCUAUUUCUGUGCUCUCGCACGAAUGCGAUCAAGAACAUUCUACAGAGGCAUCCACGUUAUUGUCUGGCUUUUCCUUUACUGACCAAAACCCUUUUUAAUCAUGCAUCACAACAGGUGGGAUGAUGAAUGGACAUUUAAACAAAAGCCCUCUUUUCACUGAGACGAACUGGCACAUGCCAGAUUCUGUCUUUGAAAGAGUUUCAGAUCCCUGCAUGAGCGCAAUUAGAACUAUUUUUUUUUAAUGGCGCACCAGUUUUCCAGGACAGAGAGCCGAGUUUGGAAUUCAGGCUUGCUGUGGAGAAGUAUUUAUCAUGCGCUGUUACUCAUAGACUUUACUUGCUUUGACAAGAUUUUAUUUUGUGGGCCGAGUUCAAACCCCCACUGCAUAAUCCCUGGUCCAAGAAAGGGAAAAAAUGCAGAGGUUGUUUUCGCUUGGCAGGAGGAUUCGUGACUGGGAUGGGGGUUUGUAGUCGGGGUGGUGGUCCUAAUUGUCAGAGUUAACCCUUCAUUGCUCUCCAACUUGGCAUUAGGGUUCAGACUAGAUGGCUGGAUACUUGUUUACAUCCAAAUUGCUUUUGGAAUUGCUCAAAAUCAAACGGAUGCUUUGAUUUCUGUGACUAACACAGUUGGUGCUUGCACAGGUUAACUACCAACAACCCACAAGGUUUGUCUCAGUGGCACAAACAAAAAGGGCUACUGCAUUCUGUGGUCAUGAAAGUAUUUCUCCUUAGCAUCCCAGCAGGCUUCUCCGACCACCCGGUCCCUACUUUUCCUUGAAAUCUGGAACGUCCUCGGGCUCCGUUUCUCAUCCGAAGGCUUUUAACUGAUGUGUACACCAUUAACAAUUCAUUUCAAAUCCUGCGGCCACCCGUAACUCUUUUUAACAGACUUCCUCCACACAAGUCCGGUGCGGUUGUCAGGCUCAGGUUACCAGAGAGGAGGCGGUUGCGGUGGCUCAGACCCAAAUGAAUCGCGCGAAGUUAACCCGAUAGUGAGAUAAAUCUGUCCCGAGCCUCUCGCAGACGUAUUUUCACAGAGAGAAAAGUAAUGGCACUCGUGCCACUAUCCUCCUCCGAAGUCCUCAGAGCUAGCUUUUGCUGGGUCGCUACCAAAACCAGAAAUGUCUCAUACUGAACUGUUUUAUCUAUUGCCUUACUGUAACCCAGCAGUAUGUCUUAAUGUGGUUCACGUGAAGGAUUUGACUUUAUUUACACAGAGAUCUGUGGCUUACACGUUUCGAAGGCAGGACUGAAUGGAAAGCACACAUUUUGAAGGGCAAUUGCAAACAGCAUCCUGACAGACAUCAAUAGAUGACAUUGCUAACAAGUCAAGGUCUAUCCUCCAGACAAGAAUGGCGUGUUAUGAUUCAGAGUGACUCAUUGCUUCACUCGUGUGGCGUACAUUGUUCUUUAUUUUCUAUGGAUGAGCUGAAAAUCACAGUAGUGGCCCUGUAGUCAAAUGGAUGUAUUACACAAAAGGGACUGUGAGCAAUGCCUUGCGUCCGUAAUCCUACCCAACAUUCAAUCAGUUUCUUGAAAAAGCACAUCGAUUUGGUUUGGAAUAAUUACUCUAAAUGACUGUGAGGUCAGUCUGAACAAAGCACUACCACAAAUGUGGCUGAAUUCGUCUUUGAUCUUUGUGUGUCCCUUUCACUCUUUUUUUGAAAGAAUAUAUUUUUCAUUACGUUUUUUGAAAGGUUUUCUCACAUGUGCAAUUUGGUAUAUAUGUGUUCAAUAUUAAAACUUAUUUAAUACAGAUUUCAGCACAUCGGUUGACAUAGCGGUUUUGCAUUAGGACAAGACAAAUUCUAGCUGAUGUUUGAAUGAACGGCAAUCUGACAACCAUGACAGGUUUAACAACAACCACAGCGUUUUAUGUUUUAGCAUUUGGGUCUUUUUUCUUCACGUUUAUGAUGGGGAGCGAUUCUGCUUUUCACAAAUGGUGAUUUGUUUGAUCUGUAAGCUGGGUUUUGCGAGUAGAAUCCAUUGGGAACCAAAGUAAUUUUUUGAUUGCUAUGUACAUUUAAUUUCUUUCGUUUGUUUCCACUACUAAACUGUUGUUGUUGUCCCAUGUAUGUGCCUUGAAAUGAACUUACAAUGUAAAGUCCUUGAAACCUUUAAAUGUUUUUGCACAAGUUGUAAAUAGAGAAACCAAGCUUUUUUUUUUUUUUUUUUUUUUCGAAAAUAAAGGAGCCAUCAGAAUUGACAUACGAUCUUGUCCGUUACAGACGAAUCUCACUUUCGUAUUUUUCUAAAUGUGUGAGAUACAUUUAUUAACACAUUGUGCCUGUAGUUGUCCAAAAACUAAAGGUUGUACAAAACUGUA